ACGAAGCCAGCCCGGAGGAGAGCGCGGGUCCGGCGGGUGGGCGAGAGGCGCUUUGGGUGAGCCGGCAGGCGCCUGGCCCUCGGCGCGCCACCAUGGCCAUCGCCCACAUCGCCACCGAGUACGUCUUCUCGGACUUCUUGUUGAAGGAGCCGUCGGAGAGCAAGUACAAGGGGCUGCGGCUGGAGCUGGCCGUCGACAAGCUGGUCACCUGCAUCGCCGUCGGGCUGCCCCUGCUGCUCAUCUCGCUGGCCUUCGCGCAGGAGAUCUCCAUAGGUACCCAGAUGAGCUGCUUUUCUCCAAGUACAUUUUCCUGGCGCCAGGCUGCUUACGUGGACUCCUACUGCUGGGCGGCUGUGCAGCAAAAACAGCUUUCACAGAGCGACUCGGGGCACCUUCCACUCUGGCUUCAUAAAUUUUUCCCAUACAUCCUCCUGCUGGUUGCAAUCCUCCUGUACCUCCCAUGUCUCUUCUGGCGCUUCACCUCAGCCCCCCACCUUUGCUCAGACCUGAAAUUUAUUAUGGAAGAACUCGACAAAUCCUAUAACAGGGCAAUCAAAGCCGCAAACAGCUGCCGCAGUGGGGACGUGAGGGGCUCAUCUCCGACCAUUAAUGAGAAUAUGGCUCAGAGUUUCUGGGAAAUAUCCGAAAGCCACUUCAAAUACCCCAUUGUGGAACAGUACCUGAAGACAAAGAAGGGCUCCAAGAGCUUAAUAAUCAAGUACAUUAUUUGCCGUUUGCUGACCCUGAUGAUCAUUCUGCUCUCCUGCCUCUACUUGGGAUAUUACAUCAGCCUCUCCUCAAUGACUGAUGAGUUUAUCUGCAACAUCAAAACCGGGAUAUUGAAGAACGACACCACUGUUCCCGAACGCUUCCAGUGCAAACUGAUUGCCGUCGGUGUCUUCCAGCUCCUCAGCUAUAUCAACAUCAUAGUGUACCUCUUGCUCAUGCCCAUUGUGGUAUAUGCGCUGCUGGUCCCUUUCAGGCAGCGCUCAGACAUUCUGCAAGUGUAUGAGCUCCUGCCGACGUUUGACGUCCUCAAAGUCAAAACCAAACACUACAACGACUUGAGCCUCUACCUCCUCUUCCUCGAGGAGAACGUCAGCGAGCUUAAAUCUUACAAGUGCCUCAAAGUUCUGGAGAACCUGAAAGGCAGCGGCGAGAAGUUCGACCCCAUGCAACUCCUGAUGAAUCUCGGCUCGAUUAAAACGGACGUUGCAGAUGGCAAGUCAGCCACCGUCAAAGAGGGCUCUGGAAAGAAAGCAGAGCCGGAAAAGCCAAACAGUGCGCUAGAACUGAAGGAUGCAACAGAACAGACGUCACCUGGCAAUGGAGCAGAAGCAGGUAAAGAAGACGCCAAACUUCGCCAGAGGCUUCUUGAUUCUUCGUGCUGAUGGGCCCACGUAGCAAUUUGUGGAUUCUGACUGUUCUUCCCAGUUACUCCAGCGUAAGCCAUACUGAACCCUGGGUGCUCGCCUCAUUAUUGAGUGUGUAAGGGGGCUGGGCCUAAGGGCAAACCAUAGUUUACAAGCUUUUUAUAUGCCUAUGUUUACAUGCCUGCCCAGCCCCUAUGUCUUAUGGCCGAUGGUUGAGGUUAUUUAUGCCAAUUCUGUGGGAUAGAAACGAUGGAAGAAAGUCCACAUUGUAAGUAGGGCACAGAGAGAAAUAUCCUGGAUGACCUGAAGGAAAAAGGAGUUAGCUUUUCUCACCAAUGGAACACUUGGGGCCUAGUUGUACACAGGUGUGGAUAUCACAGUAUAAGCCUAACUAUGUCUACUCUGAAGUAAAUCCUAUUGAUUUGCAGCCUUAAUCACUCUACACUUGAGUCUGGUUUGCAUGUGUGCAUGUACGCACUUGUUUCCCGUUCGAUUAAUGACCAUGCACUUAAAACCAAGGUAACCAACAACUUAAGCUCUGAAAUUAGGAAUAUUUCAUGGACUUGGAUCAACGCACAUGGCACAAAGAGGUGGACUGAACUGUGGGGAUAAGACUGCAGAGGGGGAAAUGCUGGUGGGUUUUUCAUGAUCUUUCCAAAGAUGGGGAAAUCAUGUCCUCUUUCAGUUGUUUGUUGAAACAAAUACGCACCUGCUAAAUACAUACAUAUUAAUCUUCUGUGGUGUCAGAACCGCCACUGUGAUUGCACAGAGGGAUGCUAUGAGAAUAUACAUAAUAAUUCAGGUAACGCGGAUAAACGGUGCUCCUUGUGUUCUUGUUAUUUCAGUUGUGAUGCACAUGCAAGAGAUCCUUGUGCCCCUUAGGAUUUUCCUGCAAUCUUCUGUGUGGGAC